AUGAACAGCAACAGCUCUCCGUCCAUUGGUUCUCCGCCAACAAUCUCAGGAACCAACAGCAUGAUGAACACGGUCGUCUCAAUAGGUACCCAGCAACUCGCCAAUUCAACGUUGACACCACCGCCGUCCGACUUUCCAGCCAACGGCGCAACUCUGUUUUCAUUCGAGGCGAUCACAUCAUUACUCUUCCACCAGCCCAUUACCCGGAUAGUCGUUGUCCUGACAGUACUACAGAGUCUGUUGGGAUUGGGAGGCAAGUUCCCGGAGCACUGCUCGGCACCAUCACACACACUUUACGGAGGCGAGUACCUGGAACUCUUUAUCUCGCCGUUUGUGGUGCCAUUAGCUCCGACACUGCUCAAGUCGGCCCACCAGACGCUUGGCAUUGCCGUCAUGUUGGCGAUCUCGAACCUGAUCAGUUUCGGGCUGUUCGAGGAGCGGUUGACGACUGUGUUUCGCGGGAAUAGGACUCGAAGGAGCAACACCAGCAUCAACCGCAACAGCACACGGAUCUUUCGCAACCUGGCCUUGGUCAUUGUUGUCCUCGUAAUGGGUCUACGUCAAUUUCUUGGAUUCCUCUUCAAUCGCGCCCUGGGGUGGGCAUUCCCUUCUCUGUUCUUCAGCGACUCUGUCAUCGAAUGCAACCUCGGCCUUGCACCAUUCCUCUUUGCUCUCUUGGUCAUCCAAGCCUUCUUGCCCGAUGACUCUGAUCCAAGGAUAUCUUCACCAUCGACAACAUCGACAUCGAUCUUUGCCUUCCGUCGGAUCUAUAUUCAGAUCAUCCUUUGUCUCUUCAACGUCAUCCCCAAGGCCAUUGUCUGGUGGGCAGGAUCGGGUCUUAUUGUUGGAUUCGUCGUCUCGCUCGGUGUUGCUUACCAACGCAGGAUGGGUCAAUGGGGCGGAAAAGUCAGGGUUACCAUGUAUGAGAAGCAUUCCCAGCACGAGGAUGCUCUUGUUGGGUUGGGUAUCAGCGACGACCAGGACAUUUCCAUGACUUCCAUGACCAACUACAGCAAGGCAACCAGCGACGAUUCAGACUCGGAUUCCGAUGGUCGUCUGUCUCUGGAGUCAACAGCAGCUUAUUCACCAGUAUUGCCAACAACGAACUUUUCGACAGCGCCUGGAUACAUGAAGGAGAGAACUAUGUCGUACAUCGUCAGGCGACUCGGAGGAUACGUUUUACCCAUGAUCGCGAUCCUCUUCUUCAUCUUAGUCGCUACCAGUCAACUUCACCACUACAAGCCUAACGUCUCGGACGACGUACUGAACAACGCGAUCGAGCCAACGACACCCUUCUUGCUGACCCUCGUGAUCAUGACGGCGCCCAGACGGGACGGUAUGGGAUUUAUCAAGCCGACUCUGUCAUCAUACCUCGCUGCCUUCCCUGACGUUGAUGAUCCAGCCCACCCUCUUUACUCUCGGAUCCAGAUCAUUGUCUACACUCACGUCACAAACCAUCCAAGAUUCGACGAGGCGGAGGAAUUCUUUGACACGGAUCCCAAGGCACGCAAGCACGUCAAAUGGAUCCGCGAGGAUGGAGCAGAAAAGAGCCAGCGCAAACAUCUCAUUAGCGCGAUUCGCAAGAUCGGAACCUCAGAGGAUUCGGUCUACCUGGGCAUCAUGGAGGACGAUUUCCCGUUCUGCGAGGGAGGCUUUCAAUCUAUGCUGAACACGAUCUACGAGGCUGACAGGCAGGUCAAGGAUCAUUGCGGCAUCUUUAUCACGACAGGAGGUAGUGGUCUGAUCUUCAAGCGAUCGGUCGCCUUGACGGCGUCAUUUGUUCUGGAGCAGGACGAGUUGGCGAAACAGCGCGGGAUGGCUGUUGCUGCACCGGAUCAGGCGCUUCAGAACUGUAUGUUGGGCAGGCACGAUUACUGCUCGGCCUGUGCGGGGACUAUGGUGAUCAGCAAGACGCUUCUCCAGGGACAUCUCGGAUUCAAUGCCUCAACAAGUGGAGGAGAUUAUAGUCCCAAGGAUUUUCAAUGUGGCUGGCGCCAUCCUUUCCAUGGUGAUCCGAAUACCCACGUCCUCUAA